CUAUGCUGUUUAUGCUGUCAAAUAAUUGAAUAUUAAAUCUCUUAGUACUGGAAAGUCGCAGAUAUAACCUUGCGAACGACAGUGAAAUCGGAUAUACCAUCCACAAUGGAUAUACCAAACCCCCCGGAUUUAUUUGACGUCACACAAUCUUACGUCACAGAUGAUGACGUCACAACGAGAAGUUUUGGAAAUAAUACUUUUUCAAAUACUGGGAACGAUACUUGCGAACAAAACAAUAACUUAUUUACAAUUGCUUUUAUUCCGUUUAAAAUCAUUGUUACAUUUUUGAAUCUAACACUCUUCGCCGCAGCAGCAAGAGACAGAAAAAAACUUCAAAGACAGAAUUAUACGUUUUCUUGCGUUAUGAGCACUUUACUAAGCAAUACUGUGUAUCUACUGAUGAGCAUCUGGUUGACAGUGGACAAUUAUCCUCAAGUAUCGAGGUCUCCGCAGGAAGGAAUCAUGUCCAUUGAAAAGGUAAUUUGGAUUUUCUCUGAGGCCAUGACAGCGUCUAUGGUUCUGGGUAUCUGUGCAAAUGUGACGUCACUAAUCUACGUCACACUUGAUAGCGUGUGUUACGUAGGGAGAAGUGGAACGGAACGUGGGACGAAAAACGUCAAUUCUAAAAAAGCAAUGGAUUUAAAGGUUCGCAUCGCUCAGCUUCUCAUUGCCGCAUCGUGGGUGUUACCCUUCUUGAUAACCAUCUUAUCUUACGUAUGGAAUUGUGCAAAAGAUUGCCGAUGUCCCAGCAAUAAUUUCAUCGGGGAACACUGUCCUGUUGGUCAGCAUUGCUCAAAAAUGUGGGCUCCUUUAAAGACUGAAUUUCUUAUGGUCGUCGUCGCUGUUUGGAUGAUUGAGGUUUUGGGACUGAUUAUUUUUGUGGUCAACGGUAUUCGACGUCACAACAAAUCUUUUGCAAGUCAUGAAACGAGUUCGGCACAAGCUGUUGUGGUCAACAUGGAAGAAGGCAUUUGUGACAUCAUUGAUGACGUAAAAGGUGCGUCAUCACAAGCAAGUGUUCAGACAACAAAGACCGGCACAAACACAGAAAAUCAAAGAAAGCCGAGCGUAAAGCAUAAAUUUAACUGGCGUCUAAAAUUUUCGAUCAUUCUCACUGGAGUUCUCGUUGCUUGCACGUCCCCGGCAGCUUUCUCUAUUAUUAUUGACGUAGCUGUCGUGGACCCACCGUCGUCUGUGCUUCUUUUAACGUCCGGAAUAUGUAUGUUUGUAUAUUCAGCCAUUUGUCCUGUUUUAAUGUGGAAAUUUUUGCCCAGUUUACGUUCCUCCACGAUCAAGUUAUUUAUCAGUGUAAAAGGCUCGUGUGCGGCACCUUGUGGUAGGAAAACAACAAAGUCACGUGAGAACAAUGCCGGUUGACGAAUUUUACCGAAAUAACUUUGAUAAAACAGAAUAUAACAUGUCUUGUUUCAAUCAUGUCAAUCUGAAUCUCGUCAACUAACUAGAAGUUGAAAAUGUCACAUCAGACUAAAGACACGACCACCCACUAAAACGCAGAGGGUUGCUAUACAGGACUACGGUUACAUAGCAGUGACCAGUAAAUACUGUCUCACGAGAGACUUCAAUCAGAACUGCCAAAAUCGGCUCGAUGGUGAGGAAGUCUGAAUUGUUGACAUCUGCGCAAAAUGAUUUUGACAUGAAUACAGGAUGGCCUAAUAAAAACAGAAAACAUUCAUUCGUCAUUCGGAACAUAGGGUGUCCAUAGAGUCCUACAAUUUUUGAAACAGCCAAGAUAAUUUAUCGAUACUAUAUAUUGUCUUGGCUCUUGCAGAUGUAUUAGAUGAAGGAAUAUUACGUAAACAAUUACUGAUUAAAAAACAACAAACCUGUUUAACAAAAUCGAAAUUGUGAAGGGACUUUAUGGACACCCUGUAUUCAACAGCGAGCAUAACUUUUGUGCAAAGCGUCCUAGAACGAUGAAACAUUUGGGUGCUCCGGUAAUAUGUGCACCAAAAUGGCGCACAACCUGAAAAUAGUAUUUGUACCAGGUUAGGAAUUAGGUUGUGCGCCAUUUUGGUACACAUACUACGAGAGCGCCAACGUUUGUAUACAACCCCACACAAACAGAAUUUUAAGUCUUGGAUUAAUUUUCUUUAUUUCCGUAAAAGUAAUUCUGUUUUUGAGGUUACCCUGUAUGCUUUCUCAUUAACUAACAUUCUUCAACGAACGAUAUGGUCUACUAUUCCUGAUUUGAGGGAUAAACUUGUCACUGACGCCAUUAUUCGCAAAUUUUGUUCAACGUUCAAAUUUUCUUUGUCCUUAUUAUAUUAUGCUGAUACCAGGGGCGUAGCCAAUGGGAUUGAAGGUCGGGACCACCCUUCUGGAAUGUGUUUAUUUGUCAUACAUAGCAAUUUUUCGUAGCAUUAAACGAUUUUUAGACCUUCAAGACUCUUGAAAACUCAGGUUUUCCGCUAGGUGUUAUAAAUUGGCAAUCAGAAGUUUCAGAAUCCCCCCUUGAAAAUUUCUGGCUACGCUCCUGGCUGAUGCUACAUAUGCUGAUUAUUGGGAAUUUUUUUACUUACUUUAAGCUUAUGUAAAUCAAACUUCAAUUUCACUAGAAUUUCUUGGAGCUACUAUAACACGAGGGCUAUGACCAUGUGUCAUCUACCGUUAGGGUUGAAAAUAAAUGAUAUCGGAUAUUUUGUAUGAAACCCCCGCCAAAAAAAACCACCGCCACGUUUAAACAAUAAAUUUAAUAUUUAUCCAGUGAUGGUUUAGGUUAGGAAUGCAGAUUGCGUUGGAUAUUCAUUUUUCUAACCCUAACUGCAUAAUUACUAAUUUGUUAUUUAAACGUGGCGGGAGUGUUUUCCCUAAAUCAAAUUUUUUGCAUUUUUGAAAGCUUUGUACAAAACAUCCGUGAUAUCUAUUAGGGCGACAGACCUCGACCCAAGCUGUUGUAUUAACUUAAGAAAAAACCUCGCGCCAUAGUAGCACCCUCAAUAACCAGACCAUUGAUUUACGGUCAAAAUAAUCGGUCCUACGAUACCACUUCUGCACUUUAAAAUCUUCCAAAUUUGCUUAAAGCAUAGUCACGACCCCAUAACAGCAAAAGCAAAGCAAGAGUACUUAUAGAAGGUUUGCAACAUACCACAUACGUAUAGAGCAUAAUUUUGUGCCCAUGACAGUGAUGGGCCUUUCUCCCUGAACAAGACCCUGAACAAGCAUUCACUGAUAUAUAUCGAUAUGUAGGAAGCUGAUAUUUUUGAAAGAAUUUUUUAUACCCAAUUCAUUUCUCUCACUGUGAGAUGGCGAGCAUAAGAUGUUGAGCCCAGGUUGUGUAGCCUCCGAUGCCAACACAGUUAAGUCUAAAGCUUAACCACUAGGUAAUCUCGCCCACAGAUUUUCAAGAGACGAUUUUUAGAUUUUCAAGCGAUUUUCAAGAGACUUGAUAUAAUUCAAGUCGGCGCUUCAUAAGUAUGUGUACCAAGAUACUUCGGGAGCACCCUGAAGUCAAUAUUGGCAGUAAAACAAAGUGGAAGUUCACGAGUCAUAGAUAAAAGAGCAAAUAUUUCUAAAUUUCAGUUACUGUAAUAUUUCUGUAACUUUAAACUAUUUUUUUUCUAAAACUCUCCUAUAGUUAUUAUUCAUCUUUUUUGUUUUACGAUAUAAUAUUAUACUCAAGGC